AUGGAAGUGAUAGGCGCGGUAGCAAGCUUUAUCGCUAUCGGCCAGGCUCUGAUCGCUGGACGCCAUGUCAUCGAUGUUCUUCGAGCAAUCCCCGGCAUCGGAAACGAGCUGGCCUGGCUCAACAACGAAAUUGAAACCCUUCGACUAGUGGUUGAAGAAGCAGAUAUGCGGGGAACGAGCACCGAUCAAUCCCUGCCUGAGACGCCGUUGCUGAAGAGAGCCAGGCUCCAGCUCGGUGAAAUUGUCUCAGAGCUCGAGCAGGUCCACGAGAACUGUGUCCGAGCUGUCAAAGAGGAUGGCAAGGUCAAGCCAAAGAAAACGAAGUGGUUUCUGCAACAAAAUAGGCUAUCUGAAUGUCGCGAGAAGGCGCGUGAUGCCCGCGCAAAUCUCCUCGCUGCUUUACAAACAUUGCAGCUCAGGGAAGCCAAAGAAACCAAGUAUGAGGCGCAGGAGAAGAGACCGACGACAUCAUAA